AUGGUUCGUAUUAUUCCCUUGAUUAUAGGUUUGAUAUCGUCUGCCAUUUGUGUCUCUUCGUCAUCUUUUGAAUUUGUCCUAAGUUCAUUGAAUCUCGAUUCCGAGAUUCAGUUUGAUACAUAUUCUCUACUUAAAUACAAUGGAGAAGGCAUAGUUGGAUUAUAUGCUGAUUGUGAUACUUGCUACAAUUUUACAGGACUCAUUACGGAUGAAGGUUAUUUUGAAAUUACUGAAAGUUCUGAAGGAGUAUUUGCUAAUUCGAGAUAUUUAAAUAUUGAUCAAACUACUGGUUUGUUCACAGUUAAUGAAACUGCAGAUACCAAUGUGUAUGUUAUCAGCACCCACCUUUUAUACACAAAUAGUCUGGUAGAUUACACUAUUCUUGAAGUUGAGGAGAAUAAAACGUAUCAUCUUUAUUUCCUGGAUAUAAAGUUUGAUGUAGCUGAUUUAGGUAACAGUUUUUCCUCCAUAUUGAACACGAUUUAUCCUAAUGGUAGCACUUAUAUUUCUUACAGUCCGACGGAUGCCUCUGAGACUGCUUCAAUUUCCAGUAUUGACAAUGUUUCUCCCUCUACUAAGACUGCAUCUGCAUCAUCAGCAAGUUCGUAUACAACUGAUCAAAGUUCAUCAUCAACAGCUGGAGUUUCUUAUCAGUACAAGAAAGAUAUUGGAGUAUCAGGUUUAGUUACAUUAGCUUUUGGUUAUGUUCUCAUCUAUGGUUUCUAA